AUGAUCACGAUCUGGGGCCGGCACAACUCGAACAACGUCAAGAAGGCGCUCUGGGCGGCGUACGAGCUCGGGCUCGACUUCGAGUCUAAGAUCGUCGGCGGACCGUACGGCGGCACCCACACGCCCGAGUACCUGGCUAUGAACCCCAUGGCUCAGAUCCCGACGCUCGUGGACGACGACUUCGUCCUGUGCGAGUCCAACGCGAUUGUCCGAUACAUGUACGCCCAGUACUCGGCAGAGUACCGCGAGAUGAAGCCCAAGGACAAGGCCGUCGGUGACAGGUGGAUGGACUGGUGCUCCUCGUCUUUCGCGCCUGUUUACCGUGACGUCUUCUGGCCGAUCGUUCGCGAGAAAGAGGAGAACCGCAACUGGGACUCGAUCAACAAGGCCAAGGACAAGUGCGAGGAGCUCCUACGCAUCCCGGAGCAGUGGCUGGAGACACACGACUGGUUCAGCGGAGACGAGUUCGGCGCGGGCGAUAUUCCCCUCGGCUGCUUCCUGUACGGGUGGUUCGAGAUGGACAUUGAGCGUAAGCAGAAGACUCCCAACCUCGAGAAGUGGUACGCUCGUCUCAAGGCUCGCCCGACCUACCAGCGUGGAGUCAUGGUUCCCCUGACGUAG